GUUCCCUGAGUGACGUAAUCAAGUCGCGUAGUAGUAAAUAAACCGAAUGGACGGGCGAGCUAAAAAUGACUGACACAACAACUUCUGACCCAAACCUUGGACUAUAUCGCUUUUGUUUUCGAUAAAACCGUUUUUAAACCGGAUUUCUUUCCCUCCAGCGACACUAUAUUCGUGUAUAUUCACUACUACUACUGCUUCCUGCGGUCUGUUUAAGUAUGAAUGACUGACUAGUUUAGCAUCAAGCUAGCUGCCUCAUUCGUUUAUUAAAUACUCCAGUGCAGGGAAUACUUCAUGCAUUAGAAGCUAUAAGAGAAUAUAUAUAUAGAGAGAGAGGUACUUUAUACUGUAUCUGAACUUAAACUGAGUCUCUGUGAGCUUUAGUGUACUUUCCAGGACACGCAGUAACGUAAACAACUGUAGCUGUUGUGUGUAGCUAGUAGCUAGAUAGCAGUUCUUGUGCUGUGACUGAUAUUUAUGGUGCAAAAAAAAAAAAAAGUCGUACAGCAUUAAAUUAUCGACCAACAUCUCUGUGCGUAAUGUCCAAGCUCGUCGUUAGCUAGUAACAGAUAAGCCUGAAUGAAUGAAUGUCUUGAAGCUAAGCUAAUAAGCUAACUCAAAGUGCGAGCUGAGUACGCGCUCGGUUUUAAAGCUGCAAAAGGAAGAAGAAGAAGGAGGAGAAUCGAAACCAUGUCGGAUUUAAACCGAGAGCUUUUGGAGCUGGUUUGGGGGAAACAAGCGAGCAGCAGCGGAGUGUCUGCGUCUCUGUUCCGCAGGUGGACCCAAGGUUUUGUCUUCAGCGAGACGGAGCACAGUGCACUGGAGCAGUUUGAAGGUGGACCGUGCGCUGUAAUCGCACCUGUGCAGGCGUUCCUGCUGAAGAACAUCCUAUUCAACAUGGAGAGCCCAAACUGGAGAAAUAUCUCUGAGGAGGAGCAGCGCUUGGCCCUGUGCUCUACUCUGACUGAGAUUCUGGUGUCGGCCUGCUUUGGCAAGACCCACAACUUCUGCCUGGCCACCUGGGCUCACUCCAAAUCCACAGACGAGAACAGGGACAUCACUGAAGACCACACAGAACCGGAAUCCAGUCAGAACACACACACCCAGCAGCAGCAGCCCACUGCUUUGGCUGCUGAGGAGCUUGGCUUUGAGCGGUUUCACAGCAUGGUACAUAAAAGGACACUAAAGACUGUUGCUGAGCUAAAGGAGAUUAUACCAUCAUUGUAUGACACUUGGAAGAAUAAAUUUGGUGUCUUGCUCUUCCUGUAUUCUGUAAUACUUACGAAGGGUAUUGAGAACAUAAAGAAUGAGAUAGAGGACACUUCAGAGCCACUUAUCGACCCUGUGUAUGGCCAUGGAAGUCAAAGCCUGAUCAACCUGCUGGUCACGGGACAUGCAGUGUCCAACGUUUGGGAUGGGGACAGGGAAUGCUCUGGAAUGAAGCUUCAUGGGAUCCAUGAACAGGCUACUGUUGGCUUUCUCACACUAAUGGAAUCACUGCGGUACUGCAAGGUUGGAUCAUUUCUCAAAUCUCCAAAGUUCCCUAUAUGGAUCCUUGGCAGUGAGACCCAUCUCUCUGUGUUUUUCACCAAGGAGAUGUCUCUGGUGGCCCCUGAGUCCCCGUCAGAACAGGCCAGAAGAGUCUUUCAGACCUACGAUCCGGAAGAUAACGGAUUCAUUCCUGACACAUUGCUCGAGGACGUUAUGAAGGCAUUGGAUCUGGUCUCGGAGCCUGAGUAUGUCAAUCUGAUGAAGAGUAAGCUGGAUCCAGAGGGGCUAGGAAUUGUUCUGUUGGGUCCAUUCCUGCUCGAGUUCUUCCCCGAUCAGGACUCAGGGAUUCCAGACUCAUUUCCUGUGUACCACUACAAUGGCCUGAAGCAGUCCAACCACAAUGAGAAGGUGAGUUAUGUUGAGGGCACCGUUUUAGUUCUCGGCUUUGAGGAUCCCAUGGUGCGUACAGACGACACACCAAUCAAGCGCUGCCUCCAGACAAAGUGGCCGUACAUCGAGCUUCUGUGGACCACUGAGAGAUCUCCUUCCCUCAAUUAACCCCUUCUCCAACAUCUCACCUCUCACUUCAGGACCCCUGCACGCUCUCCAAACCAGAAUUUCAGGAGACUGGAACAGCACCUGAACUAAAUACCCAAGAGAAACGAUGCUGCCUGAUUCGCAUCGGCUCGCUUGCUCGAAUCUUUAUCACGUUUCAUCCAGGUUGUAUGUUUAAAAAAAAAAAAGGGGGGUGGGGUGUUUAAUAUUGGAAAACCCUUAUAUUAAAAAAAAUGAUUUUCAGAUGAUUUUCCGGAAGGUGUUAAUAUUUUCUGUUUGCAGAUUUUCUACCAAUUUUUCUGAUUAAUUUGUUUACAAGGAUAUAACAGAAAGGAAGUAAGUUUGAUGAAGCAGGCAGACUGUGCUGAUCAAAUAAAUGGCUAGAUUCCUGUACAAAUGUAGAUUUGAUGGCGGUAAUUGUGUCCAAGGUUUAAUCUGACCAAAGCCUCCUGGUGCUACAGGCCACAUUCUGCAGUAUUUACGUAACUUCGAGAAAAGAAAUCUGGGCUCAGUUUAGACCAGUUUAGAAAGGAAUGCACUACAACCCAAAAACAGGGCAUAGGAAGACAGAAGAGGAGGCUAAGGAGACAGACGAGAAGGGUGGGGGUGAGACGGUAUUGGGCGUGACUAAGCUGUUUUGUUUUUUCGCCACAGCAGAAACACCUAUUUAUUGUUCACAGCCUCUGAGGCAAAGGGACAAAAACAUGUGCACACAUUAUUUAUUCUGACAGAUGAUUCAGCAAAAUAAACUUUUUAUGUCUUCUU